AUGUCUGGCACGGACAGCCAGAGUAAAAGCACAGGGCCUUCGCUUGCAUUGCCCGCACCCGCAGAUCCAUCAACCGAGCCUCGUACCGAUGGCAUCGGUGACAAGGCGCAGAUGGAUGUCGAUGGUAAAUCGGUGCCACUCGACCAUCUUGGACCCAUGAUUAUCAAUACAGACGGUACGAUCUCUCGCAUCACGAACUGGCUUGAUAUGACUGAGGAUGAGCGGAAGCGGACGCUUAGGUUGCUUGUGAAGCGCAAUCGCGUACGGUUAGCUACGCAGAAGCCCGAGGGAGGAGAAGCUUUGGGCAUCGCUGCUGAUUAG